AUAAAAAUUCCGUUUACAUUAACUUCUUAAAUAUAAAUUAUCAAUACAGAAGUAAUUCUUUGGAUAUUUUUAGGAUAUCAAAGGUGAUCGUUUGGUGGUAGUUUUUUGGAUGAAAACGUCCUACGCUGGUUCCCCCUGGAGAAAAGAGUCAUAGAAAUCGAUCGUAGCGCGGGGACGCCUCCACAACGUCGAAAAACGUAGGCGCGACGCCGGCGCCGUUCUGUUGAUUACGACGCGCCCCCAGCAAAAGAUCCCAACCAAAGGGCAGACCCACAACCAUCCCGGAGCACUCGUCAACGGUUCCUAAAACCCAUCUUCGAUAAAACGUCAAAGAUCGUGUGACAACAACAAUUGUCAUCAAGUUUUUUUUUGAAGAGCGUCCCGACGCCAACAACACUCAAACAUCAUGCUUUAAACCAAUUCAGGGUUUAACAACAGGCCAUGCCGUGGCCUGAUACGCCCUUAACUUUUAUCCUUUUAUUACUCGGCGUUAUUUUAACACCACAUUACACCAAAGCUGAAGGAUAUGUAGGGUGUUUAUUUAGUGAAUCUUUGUGUUUGGAAGAAAUUGAAUUUUGUUACGAUGAUAACGUCUUCGGCAGAUGUCUCCCGGAAACGGGAAACAUCGAAGAAGACGAAUUAUUCAGGCACGAUUUAACGAAGGAAACCCUCCAUAAAUUAAGUACCGAAUUGAAACGUUUAUUUGCUUUGGGGUAUCGAUGGAGUCAUACUUACACACAGUGCAGGCUUCAAGGGAUGUUGUAUUCCAUUCAAAACGAAUUACCUUUCGAACCAGAUUUAUGUUAUAAAUUGGUCGAUCAAGACUUAGAAGGUGCGUUGAGAGCUUUGGAAGGAGAAGAUGAACCAGAUCCCGAUCAAAUAGCCAUCGUUAGGUUCUCGCCGAGUAAAAAUGAUCCUUUCGGACGUUACGCAGAUGAAGUUUAUUAUCCACCUGUUUCAAAUGAACAAAUGGAAACUAGAAAGGAAAUUUUACCAGAUAACAUCGAAGAUUUGUAUGAUAUGGAAGAUCCUUUAGCUAAUUUUGACAUCGAUAAACGUUCCCAAUUAACCCAAAUUUUCACCGAAGAUUACAACACCCCAAAAAAUUUUCGUUUAGGUAAAGAAACCAGAGAUAUUUUCGAUCCAAAUCAGUUUGAAUCCAAAAACAACGUCGAAUUAGCCGAAUUUUACCCAAUUAUCGAUUACUUAACUCAAUUACAAGAUGUAACUGAACGCUUUAAAACUCUCCCAACCUCGGCAAAAUUUAAAACACUUUCAAAAUUGUCUCAGGAUUUUGAUAAUAUCGAAAGUCCAAAGGAUAUUAACGUUGAUGAGUUUUUUGAUCAAAACGUGCCGAUGGAAAUCGAUUCAUUUCAAUCGGAAUUUAACGCACAAAAUGGGCAAAAUCGGGAUGAAAUUCCGGAAUCGAGGGUUUAUUAUGACGAAGAUGAGGAUAAUGGAAAGGAAUAUGGAAGUGGGGAACUUUUUAAAACGGUUAAAGGAUUGAAAAAUGUUGGAAAUGAUCAUCACAGGGAUGUUUUCAGGGAAUUGAAGCAACUUCAAGAAGAAGAUUUUAUUGGAAAUAAUCGGAAAAAUAAUAAAGAAGCUGGGUUAUACACAGAAGGUGGAGUUGUUUAUGACUCUAAAAUGGAUUUUGAAACCCCUAAAAAUGAAGAUUUCUCUGAUCUUAUGUCCGAAUACACUUCAAGUUUUAAACGUCCGGAACGAUUGGACGUUAAAAAACCUGGACCACGAUUCGAUUUGCCCCAAAAUACACCUCAAAUAGAUACCAUCGAUGAAAAUUUUAAUGUCGUUAAGAAAGAACCCCGUGGAGCGCACCCAAAUCCAUCUCACGACAUACUCAACGUUGAUACGGAUUACGUUUACGUAACAUUUAAACAAAAAAUUGAAAAUUGGCGCAAAGGCGAAGAGGUAAUUUCAAAUAUAUCAAAGGUAUUAAAGCUUGAGAAUGGUGUUUUGGGCGAUGGAAGGGUUGGGGUGAAUGAGGUAACUUUCAAAGUAAUGGCAAACAAACACAAUUUGAAUGCUUCUGAAGUUGCCAAAAGACUUGGAGUGUUAAUUGAUGAUGUAAAAGCUAAAACUGGUUUGGACGUCAUUGGAUUGGGGGUUGGUGACAAGUUUGUUUUAUUAAAAAAGGUAAAAAUGGGUUCGGUUAUAAUCAAUAGAAAUGAAAAACUGGCUCAAUUUUACGUAAUUCUCUUUACAAUUUGCGGUAUUUUGGCCGCGUUGAUAAUCGGUUCAAUAAUUUUGAUAAUAAUCAAAAAACACAUCGUUUCGAAACAAAAAUUGGACAGUUUAACGCGACCGGAUACUGAGGCAAGUAAAGAUUACCAAGAUCUAUGUCGAGCUCGAAUGGCUACCAAACAACAACAGCAACCGGAAACAGCAGCUCACGGAGGACGAGUUACUUCAUUAUCAAAAGAAUCCGAACAGAGUCCAUCAAGCCGAUCAAGUACUUCUUCAUGGAGCGAAGAACCUGCCCUUCACAAUAUGGAUAUUUCAACCGGACAUAUGGUACUCACUUACAUGGAGGAUCAUUUGCGUAAUAAAGAUCGUUUGGAACAGGAAUGGAUUGCUUUGUGUGCUUAUUUGGCGGAACCAAGUGAAUGUAAACUUGCUUUGAAUAAAGAUAAUUGCGAAAAGAAUCGUUAUCCAGAAAUAUUACCUUAUGAUCAUGCCAGAGUUGUUUUGAACAAAUUAUCAAAUGAGAAUGGAUCUGAUUAUAUUAACGCUUCAAGUAUUACUGAUCAUGAUCCAAGGAAUCCAGCUUAUAUUGCCACUCAAGGACCAUUACCGCAUACUGCACCUGAUUUCUGGCAGUUAAUAUGGGAGCAGGGAGCUGUUGUUAUUGUUAUGUUGACGAGAUUAACUGAAGGAGGAGCUGCGAUGUGUCAUAGAUAUUGGCCUGAAGAAGGAUCUGAACUCUACCACAUUUAUGAAGUACAUUUGGUAAGCGAGCAUAUUUGGUGCGAUGAUUACCUGGUACGUUCAUUCUACUUAAAAAAUGUUCGUACCGGUGAAACACGUACCGUAACCCAAUUUCAUUUUCUAUCCUGGCCGGAAUCGGGUGUACCAUCAUCAACAAAAGCUUUGUUAGAAUUUCGACGUAAAGUGAAUAAGUCUUAUCGUGGUCGAUCUUGCCCGAUAGUAGUCCAUUGCAGCGAUGGGGCAGGACGAACAGGAACAUAUUGCUUAAUCGACAUGGUACUUAGCCGAAUGGCUAAAGGGGCGAAAGAAAUUGAUAUCGCGGCAACUUUGGAACACUUGAGAGAUCAACGACCGAAGAUGGUUGCAACCAAACAACAAUUUGAAUUUGUGCUAACGGCGGUUGCUGAGGAGGUUCAUGCUAUUUUAAAAGCUUUACCUCCAGCACCAAUACAAGAAAAGGAAAAGGAUAAAGAGGUUAAGUAAAAACGGAGAAAAAAAAUUAAUUAAAAGCUUUCAACAUUGAAACCAGCCUCAAUGUUGAAAGCUUAGAAAUCUUUAAGCUUUACAUAUCCGUUUUUUUCUGAAGCGAUAUCGAUGGGGUACAUGUACGUUAAUCGUUUUAAGAAUAAAGUGAAAACUGAGACCUUUUUUUGCUGUAAGUACUCUAAUCUAUACAUUAAAACACGCUGAAAGGAACAUAAAAAUUGGCUUCCGAGGUUUGUUUUCAAAACAAGAAACCAGCCUCUCUUGAAGUAAAAUGAACCUCGAAAAACAAUCUGUUAUUUAAAAGUUUUAUUAAAUUAUUAAAAUUUUAUUUUAUUUGUAACCUUUAACUCGAAUUUUUUGAACUUGAAGAAAAAAUUCAAGUUAACAGGCCCCACACGAUAAAAAUAAUGUUUUAAAAGGACUCUACUAUAUAGGUAAUAUUAAAGAUCACUAUGUAUAUUUAAAAAGAUAAAGAGAUUUUAUGUAAAACAGAUCAAAAAAGAAGUAUAUAUUAAAUGAAAAAAGAUAUAUAUUAUAUGUUAUGUAUAUUUUAAGAGUGGGUAGGAGAGGAACAGAAAAAAUACGUCUACAAAAUAUAAAAACGUCUAUUUUGUCAAAUUACAUAAGGGAGUAAAACUACUAAAGGCGCUAAGCUAGAUGAUAACGAAGCUAAUGACUGCGAAAUAUGAUUAAAUAAGACGAAAAAUUAUAAACGAGUAUUUGAUGUACUGAAACCUUAUCUCUUAAAAAAAUGAAAAUGAGACAGGGGUAUUAGUAAAAUGUAUUUAUGUGUAUCAUUGCA